ACCAUUCAUUGAUUCGCUAUCACUCGCUCUUUAGACUUGCUUCUUGAGCUAAGUAGUUGUGCUGUUGUAAUUAUUAGCUAAAACAAAAACUUAAAAAGGAUAUAUACCAAAAAAAGGAUUCUUCAACCGCUUCCCAGGAUAAAGAUUAUUAUAAUUCUUAACAAAAAAAGUUUGCGGACAUUUGAAAUAUAUAUUCUUCAGAAUUGUGUUUUUAAAAAAAUAUAAUAUUGUGUAAAAUCUUAUUUUAAAGCAAUAAGACAUCAGACAACAACUACAACUUAAAAUUAUUAAGCAGUGAAAUUUUGUGAAAUCAAAAGUUCUCAAUCAGGCUUAAAAGCAAGAAAGAAAACCAAAGCGAGCAAGUGAAACUUAUAAAUUAAAAAUCAAUACAAAACUUAAAGUUUUAAUUAAAAAAUAAUUUUUUCGUUUAACUUAAAUAAAUAAAUAAAACAUAUAAACAAAAAUGAUGGCUGUAGCUGCUGCACAAAAGAACCGUGAAUUGUUCGCAAUCAAGAAGUCAUAUAGCAUUGAGAAUGGAUAUCCAUCCCGUCGUCGUUCACUUGUGGAUGAUGCACGUUUUGAGACUUUGGUCGUAAAGCAGACCAAGCAAUCUGUUUUGGAAGAGGCUCGUACAAAGGCCAAUGACCAAACUUUAGAAGAAUGCAUCCUUCAAGCCAAGGGCGAACACGUCCCUCAAGAACAAAAAAUUGAAUUUGAAAACGAUCAAGAAGUUGAAAACGCUGAAAUACCUGACGAAGUUGAUGAUGCUCCAGUUUUUGAAGAUAAUGAGUCUUAUGGUCAAGAACCAACUCGUGAAGAUACCGAACAGGGUGGAGAUAACACCAAUUCCAACGAUGCUGGAUUAACCGAAGACGAAAUCGUCCUCGCUAACGCGGCCACUGAAUCACCGGAAGCCGAGAAUGCCCUGCAAAGUGCUGCACUUGUUGUUCGCCUAAAGGAUGGCAUGAGCUCGCUUGGCCGUAUCCUUAAGGCCAUCGAAAACUACCAUGGAUCAAUUUCUCAUUUGGAAUCGCGUCAAUCUCGUGAAGAAGGUGUUCAACAUGACGUCCUCAUUAAAUUGGACAUGACCAGGGCUAAUCUUUUGCAAUUGAUUCGCUCCCUCCGUCAGUCAGCUUCAUUCGCUAGCAUUAAUUUGUUGGCUGAAAAUAGCAUCAGUGUCAAGGCUCCAUGGUUCCCAAAACACGCCUCCGAAUUGGACAACUGCAACCAUCUUAUGACCAAGUACGAACCUGAGUUGGACAUGAACCAUCCCGGUUUUGCUGACAAGGUUUACCGUCAACGUCGUAAGGAAAUCGCUGAGAUUGCUUUUGCAUACAAGUUCUCUGACCCAAUUCCAUUCAUCCCUUACACCGAUGUUGAGAACAAGACCUGGCGGUCAGUUUUCCGCACCGUGCUUGACCUUAUGCCAAAGCACGCUUGUGCUGAAUACAGAUCCGUCUUCAAGAAGUUGCAAGACGAGAAGAUUUUCGUCGAAGAUCGCAUUCCCCAGUUGGAGGACAUGAGUGCCUUCCUCAAGAAAAACACUGGAUUCACACUUCGCCCAGCUGCUGGUCUGUUGACAGCUCGUGACUUCUUAGCUUCGUUGGCUUUCAGAGUAUUCCAGAGCACACAAUACGUCAGACAUGUUAACUCACCAUACCACACUCCCGAACCUGAUUGCAUCCACGAGUUGUUGGGACAUAUGCCACUCCUUGCCGAUCCAAGCUUUGCCCAGUUCUCACAAGAAAUCGGACUUGCUUCUCUCGGUGCCUCCGAUGAAGAAAUCGAAAAACUAUCCACUGUAUACUGGUUCACUGUUGAGUUCGGUUUGUGCAAGGAGCAAGGUCAAAUCAAGGCCUACGGUGCCGGUCUUCUAUCAUCUUAUGGUGAGCUCUUGCACGCCAUCAGCGAGAAGCCAGAACACCGCGCAUUCGAACCAGCUUCCACAGCUGUUCAACCCUACCAGGAUCAAGAAUAUCAACCAAUCUAUUACGUUGCUGAGAGUUUCGAGGAUGCCAAGGAGAAGUUCCGUCGCUGGGUGUCAACCAUGUCACGUCCAUUCGAAGUUCGAUUCAACCCACACACUGAACGCGUAGAGGUUUUGGAUUCCGUGGACAAACUCGACACUUUGGUAACACAAUUGAACACCGAACUCAUGCAUCUGACAAAUGCCAUCGACAAAUUGAGGAGCCCCUUCUAAACGGACCAUGGACGGUUUUCACAACUUAUUCUUAGAUCCUCGUUUUUAUUAUAUCUUAUAUUGUCGUCCACUACUAUUUUUAUUUUCUUUUUAAAUGAUUUUCACAUUGCGAUAACUUAAGUAUUUUUGUCUUUCCUCUUGUAUUAUACUAUUACACACAUUAUUUUCAUUUUUAAUUAUUAUUUUUCUUUUUCUUUUGAUUUUGUUUUUAAUUUUAAUUUAUUUUUUAAAAUAUUGUAUUUUUUUGGACCAAAAAUCAUAGUAUUUAAUUAUACAAAACAUACAUACCUAAAAUAUGCACGAAAAUAUACACAUCUUAUUAGAUAUAUAGAUUUAAUCAGUAUAUAAUUGUAGAUAGUCAAUAUGUAAGUGAACAGAUUACAAAAACAAAAA